AUGCCUCUCGCAAAAGACCUGCCACCCCCCUCUCCUGAGGAGGAAAAGCAGAAACACAAGAAGAAGUGCCUGGAGCAGAGUCUGAACUCGCAUUUCAUGGAUGUAGAGGGCCCAGGGUGCUAUAAAAUCACCACUGUCUUCAGCCGCACACAAACAGUGGUUCUCUGUGUGGGAUGCUGCACUGUGCUCUGUCAGCCUACUGCAGGAAAGGCAAGACUUAAUGAAGGAUGCUCCUUCAGACAGAAGCAGCACUAA